ACCUUGAAGCCUCAGUACACAACACACACACUCUUUUCUCUGAGAGUCUCUCUUUUGAUUUUUCUUUCUUUCGCUUAAAAACCAAAAAAGAAAACAAAGUUAGAAAUGUCAAAAACCUUUCCACCUACCAACACACCCUUCCCAAAUACAGCUUCUCCUCCUCCAAUUUAGGCUCUCUCUCUUCUACUUAGAUUUUUGCUUCCAAUUUCCAAAUCCUUGUUGGGUUUUUUCUUCUUCUUCUUCUUCUUUAACUUUACUCCGAACUCAACAACACCUGAUAUGGAGUUGGGGUCUGGUUCAACCGAGCAUAACAUCAGAGGAGUACCCACUCAUGGUGGACGCUACGUUCAGUACAAUAUCUAUGGUAAUCUCUUCGAAGUUUCUCGAAAGUACGUCCCUCCAAUUCGUCCAGUUGGUAGAGGCGCUUAUGGAAUCGUUUGUGCUGCUGUGAAUGCGGAGACGCGUGAGGAGGUUGCCAUUAAGAAGAUUGGUAAUGCUUUUGACAAUAGAAUUGAUGCCAAAAGGACUUUACGAGAAAUCAAACUUCUUCGGCACUUGGAUCAUGAAAAUGUCAUUGCCAUGAAAGACAUCAUACGACCUCCGCAGAAGGAGAACUUCAAUGAUGUUUACAUUGUUUUUGAAUUAAUGGACACUGAUCUUCAUCAGAUUAUACGGUCAAACCAACCUUUGACCGAUGAUCAUUGUCGGUACUUUCUGUAUCAGCUUUUACGAGGGCUCAAAUAUGUACAUUCAGCAAAUGUUUUGCAUCGUGACUUAAAGCCCAGCAAUUUGCUUCUGAAUGCAAAUUGUGACCUCAAGAUUACAGACUUUGGGCUUGCAAGGACAACAUCUGAAACUGAUUUCAUGACUGAGUAUGUUGUUACUCGUUGGUACCGAGCACCAGAACUUCUCCUUAAUUGUUCGGAGUACACUGCAGCAAUUGAUAUUUGGUCGGUGGGUUGCAUACUUGGAGAAAUCAUGACAAGACAACCCCUUUUCCCUGGCAAAGAUUAUGUUCAUCAGCUGAGACUUAUUACUGAACUCAUAGGUUCACCUGAUGACAACAGCCUUGGAUUCUUAAGAAGUGAUAAUGCUCGAAGAUAUGUUAGACAGCUCCCGCAGUUCCCAAAGCAACCAUUCUCUGCUAGAUUUCCAAAUACGUCCGCUGGUGCUGUUGAUUUGCUGGAAAAGAUGCUUGUAUUUGAUCCAAACAGGCGCAUUACAGUUGAUGAGGCAUUGUGCCACCCUUACUUGGCACCUCUCCAUGAUAUCAAUGAGGAGCCUGUCUGCCCAAUGUCUUUCAGCUUUGAUUUUGAGCAACCAUCAUUUACUGAAGAAAAUAUAAAGGAGCUCAUCUGGAGAGAAUCUGUGAAGUUCAAUCCUGAUUCAACUCAGUGAGGAUUGUGUAAUAUUCUGUACUUGGAAAAGUACCUGAUGACUUGUACCAAAAUACUGAACUAAUUGGGUCUUUCAAGGGAAGAGAUAAAAAGCUCGAUGGAGAUAUCCUGAUUUACUGAAAAGUAGUUGAGAUGCUAGUCAUUCAAACUUUCAUCUCAUAUCUUUUGAUGCGUGUAACAUUCAAAUGUGUAAAUGAAUCAGAAGCAGAAUCUCUCUGUAGUUUAAAAUCCUCAAUCGGUUGUAGGCGUAGGAGCUGAGGUUGGUGUGCUGAACUGAUGCUGCUGGGAAGUUGUUUCAUUGCAUUCUUGUCAGCAGUAAGCUUAAAUUUCUACAUUCAUGAAGCAGAGAUUAUGCAUGGUUACAAGAUCUAACAGUCAUUAUGAUUU